UCCACAACCACCCACAAACACACACACUCACACCCUCCAAGUCCAACUUUCAACACAACCACCACCACCACCUCCCACAUGUGAGUCUUCCAUUGCACACACUUCACCCAUUGUUAUCAUCAUCACCAUAAUCAAAGAAUCAAGCUUUUCACUUCAUAACAUUCCAAUGGGGAAUGCCUUGGGAGGAAAGAAAACGACGAAGGUGAUGAAGAUCGACGGCGAAACCUUCAAGUUGAAGACUCCGGUGAGAGUCUGCGACGUGCUCAAGGACCACCCGGGGCUGGUGCUGUUGGAAUCCGAGGCGGUCAAGCACUACGGCGUCAGGGCCAGGCCGCUGGAGGCCAACCGGGAGUUGGCGCCCAAGAGGCUGUACUUUCUCGUUGAGCUGCCGCGAGAGGCGAUGGUGGCGCCGCGGAGGGUGCGGUCGGGGAUCAACAUGAGCGCCAAGGACAGGCUGGAGAGCCUGGUGCUGGCGCGGAGGUCUGCGUCGGACCUCACCAUCAUGAAAGGGCAGGGGAUGGAAGGGGCGGAGAACGGCGGAGUGAGGCUGAGGAUGCGGGUGGCGAAGGCGGAGGUGGAGAGGGCGAUGCGAGGGUGCGAAACGGAGGCGGAGGCGGCGGAGAAGAUCGUUGGACUCUGCAUGGCCAAAAGCGGCGAAGGUUCAAAACCACGUCAGAAAAGGGUGAGUUUUAUGCCAAUCAGUGAAGGAGGGAGUCCUAUAGCAGUGGCUUCAUGAACAGAUAUUUUACAUAAAUUAGCCUUGAAAUAUGAGAGAGUAUCUCACAAAAGGAAUGAGCUUCAUGGUGCUUUAUUAGUUAAAUAUGAUUAAGAGUAAUGUUGUUUACAUUUUCUUGAUAUAUGUUUUUGUGCAUGAGUCACAAACUAUUGCAAUAAUUAUAUGGGUGUUUUCUUAUAUUAGUUUCACUGAACAGUACCUUAAAAUGCAGUUCAGUACCUUUGUAGUUGUGAAUAACAGUGUAUGAGGUUUCAAUAACAUUAAUCCUUAAAUUAUUGUGUGUAAAUGUAUGUAGGGAAAAGUAUAUAUAACCUUGUUGAACUGUA